ACUCAUGCUCAGGAUAGAUUAGGCACCAUUUGCCACAACUAAAUAGUUACCCUUGUACGUGAAGUGAGGAGAUUUUUUUUGUUCUAAUUGGCUGCCCAGCGCUUUCGGCUUUACACAUCUCUUUUUUUGUACGUUACGCGCUCGUUUUCUACCCCCGACGUGCACUCUGAAUGCUGUCCAAGUGCUGCUCACAAACAGAUGCGGAUCCACGGCGGCUCGGACAUGUUGUGGACUGAGAGCUGAGAUCUUCAUCGGACUCGACAAGACGAGAAAAAUGCCCUCUCCGACAGCACACGUCUGAAGUCUGAGCUGCCCAUCUGACUUGAAGAGGAGGGCAGACCAGCUGUGUCCAGUGUUGUCGACCUUUGACCCGGAAGUCGAACAUGAUCUGAAACCACGCCGCCACAUCACACCCUCUCCUCCUCCUCCCUCUUUUUUGUUUACUUUUCUUUUUCUUUAACUCUUCUCGGUGUUAGACGAUCUUCAAGCUCUCUUGACGUGCCAAUAGGAUACACCGUAGAAGAGAAGCGCACUGACACAAGACGAAGGCCAUUGAUUGGUGAUUUGUGACCUGACCACGCCCCCAGCUCCUCCCACCACGCGUUGCCAUCAUGGGGAGGAAAAAGAUUCAGAUUCAGAGGAUCACUGACGAACGCAACAGACAGGUGACGUUCACAAAGAGGAAGUUCGGCCUGAUGAAGAAGGCGUACGAGCUGAGCGUGCUGUGUGACUGCGAGAUCGCCCUCAUCAUCUUCAACCACUCCAACAAGCUGUUCCAGUACGCCAGCACGGACAUGGACAAAGUACUGCUCAAGUACACCGAGUACAACGAGCCGCACGAGAGCCGCACCAACGCAGACAUCAUCGAGACGUUGAGAAAGAAAGGCUUUAACGGCUGCAACAGUCCCGAGCCGGACGGGGAUGACUCCAUCGACCAAAGCCCUCUGACGGAGGAGAAGUACCGGAAGACCGACGACCUCGACAGCCUCUUCAAGCGAUACGGCGCUCUGAACAAGAAAGAGCACCGGGAUUCUGAGAGCCCAGACCCGGAGGAACCCUUCUCCCUCACCCCCCGCACUGAGGAGAAAUACAAAAAGAUUGAUGAGGAAUUUGAUAAAAUGAUGCAGAACUAUAGGCUGUCAUCCACCGUCCCACAGCCCACCUUCUCCAUGCCCGUCACCGUGCCCGUGUCCAAUCAGAACCCGGCAGCGUCUGCUCUACAGUUCAGCAACAACCCAGCGGGAGCGCUGGUCACCACCACCUCCUUCGUAAGCUCCGCCCUCUCAGACCCACGCCUCCUGUCGCCGCAGCAAUCAGCCCUUCAGAGGAACGCCGUGUCCCCCGGGUUACCACAGCGACCGGCCAGUGCAGGUGCUCUGUUGGGGGGUGACCUGGGGAACUCGAACGGAGCAUGCCCGAGUCCAGUCUCAAAUGGCUACAUUAGUGCACGGGCCUCCCCCGGGCUGCUCUCUGUCUCCAAUGGCAACAGCAUGGGCAAGGUGGUCCCGGCCAAGUCCCCCCCUCCCCCCAGCCCUCAGAUGGUCAACAGCCGCAAGCCGGACCUGAGAGUCAUCACCUCCCAGGGGGGCAAGAGUCUCAUCCAACUGACAGACGAAGAGCUGGAGUUGGUGAGUGAGAAUGCCCAGCGGUUAGGGGGGUCCCAGGUGGCACAGUCGCUCACAACUCCGGUGGUCUCUGUGGCAACGCCCAGUCUCUUAGCUCCCUUCUCUGGGAUACAGGCCUACAACACUGAGUACCAGCUGAUGAGUGCAGACCUCACGGCGCUGCAGACCUUCACACCUCCGGGGCUGGUGCCUGGCAACAUGGCUGCCUGGCAACAGCAGCAGCAGCAGCAGCAGACGUCCAUGGGCCAGACUCAGCAGCAGCAGAUCAGCCUGGGCUCCCUCAGCAACCUCGUGCCUGUGAGCCACCUGUCCCCAGGCACCGCUCUCACCGUCAACACCAACCCCAACGUCAGCAUCAAAACCGAACCAGUGUCCCCUAACCGUGACCGCAGUACCCCCAGCUCCAUCAGCCAGGGGGCGCUCAACCACAUCCAGGUACCUGGGGCCUCGGCUCAUCAAGGCCUGGUGUCCAUCGCCUACCCCGGGGCCCUGAGGCUGGAUGCGGGGGGCCAGGGUCGAUCCCCCGUGGACAGCCUGAGCAGUAAUGGCAGCUCGUACGAGGGGAGCGAGCGCGAUGGAGGGCCCCUGGAGUUUGGACACCAGGCAGGAGCACUGGUUCAGCAGCAGCAGCAGCAGAUGGUCCUCCUCAGGCCCUCCUCCGCAGAGCCCCAGGACCAGGACGGGACCAGCGUCAAGAGGAUGAGGCUGGAUGCUUGGGUCACAUAGACUGACUCCCCGAAAACAUGGAGGAGGAGAUGUGAACUUGCCCCUAAGCUCCUUCUCUAAAGCUGAAAUACACACACACAUUAUCUGCCAUAUACACACAGAGUCCAAGGAUGUGCUCACACUAGCUGACUAGUUUGUUGUCUAGACAUAGGACACAGUAGAACAUUGGCACAGUGCACUACAGUGGGACUAACUAGUAAUAAUAGGCAUUUCACUUACUCAACUUUAACUUCUAUAAACUCGCCAAAAAUUGGACCAGCCAAAAAGAUUCAAAUAAUUUUGCUUGUAUAGAAAAGAAAAAUGGUUACCCAAAUAAGACAUAAAUCAAAAUAAAAAUGUAACCAAGUGAAUUUUAAAGAAACUACUCAAGUACUGAGUAAUCCUUUGUCACAACUUGUUGGCUCACCCCAAUGUUUUACAUCAAAGCAAUUUGGGUGUUUUACACUGGAUGACCUUCCAGUUGCAUCAAUCACUAAAGGUCAAUUCAUACUUCACAAGAAGCACGACGUUUGUUCUUAUGCCUAGGGCUGUUAAAACAAAAUGACCUCUCCUUUUCUGCAGUUCUUACAGCUUGUUUUUGAUACAUCUUCUGAGCAUAACUUUGUUCUUACAGGCAAGGCAGUUGUCCAGAUAGGCUGACAACAGCUGUUUGAGUUCUCAGGGGGAGGGUCAUAGUGUGAUUCUGCAGUAGAACUUCUUACGAAGUAUGAACUGGCCUUACGGGUGACCACAGUAUGUAAUCUUUUUAGUUUAGUUUCAAUGGGUUUCUGUUAACAGCACAACUAUCACCAUCGGCCAGCAGUGAUCAUAUCCUUGAGACUGACCACACUAGCAUGCUACACUUGUAUCCAUGUCUCAUCUGGACACUCACACACUCUAUCUACAUUAAAACUCUUCUGUACUCUCACUCGCACUGAACCCUACAAAGGGGUUGAGCCACCAAACCAUGGACGUCCCAUAGACUUUAAUUACUACAUUUGAAUUUUGAAGAUGAUCGCCAAUGUUCACUAGCCUCCCGGAAGCCCACUUCAAGAUGGCACCUCCAAACAAGUCCACCAGCUUUCUCAACAUUGAUUCAUCACUGCUAAAUCUUUGGGCCCGACCGCCUUUUUGCUUUUGUGUUUUUUUUUCCUUGCUGUAGAUUUUGGGCCAGUUUUGCUCUCCGUACAUCUUUCCGUCGGACUCUCAAGCUACACACACUAACGUAGCAGCAACGUCAGCUGCUUCGAAAAACGAGGAAAAGACACUAUAUUUGAGGUAAAAGACUGCGUUAUUUUGAAUCAGGGACGAGCUACAGCGGCUCUAAAGACUCUAGGGAAAAUUUUGGGAAUGACAUAAUGUUGACAAUAGUGUGCGUGUGUUUUGUUUACCUCAAACGGUUGCUUUUUUGAAAUGGGCAGACAUGUUCGUCCACAAUUGUGCGAUCUCACACAUGCCAAUGCACACAACUGAAAUUAUUUUUGUGAAAUUUGUUUGAAUGGAUUGAUAUAGUAAAAAAAAAAAUAAGGGGGGGGUGGGAUUUAAAGGGUACAAUGUAUAUAAGCAAUCUUUGUGGUCUUUCGUGUGGCAAAGGGUAUGGCGUUUUGAAGGUUGAAAAUUAUAUAUAUAUAUAUUUAACACUACACAUACGACAGGGAUUGUACAUAGGAGCUCUCUGGAUAUCCCUUAGCGAACGGCGUCGGCCUGGUGUUGUUGUUACACUUGUGUAAAUAUGUGCUGGGAGCAGAAGGGGGCGCUGCAGCGUAAAAGGGAAGAUGUAGCCGUGGUGACGUGACUGUUUUGGGAGUGAGCGACGUUAAUAGGACUCUGUCACUGAUGGAGCGCACUUUACCUCCCCCUCACCCCCCUUGCACACACCCGCCCCUCCCCACACACACAUACAAACAUACAGGGCACUACGAUGUUAUGUAAUUUGUGCUAUUUAUUAUUGUGAAUCAGGCAAUCAGGAGUCCAGACCUUAUUUGGCCAUUUUUCAUUAGCUUCAGUGUCAGCGUCAUAUUUGAUUGUACUAUGUAUAAUUAUUGUUGGAUAUUAAUAACAUAUUACACAAAAAAACUUUUCUAUUUGAAUAUUCAUAAUGAAAUGAUAUAUAAGUUAAGAUAACAAUAAGUGAUAGUUUGACACAUUCAGUGGACAGCUCAUAACAAAAUGUGCUUUUACAGAUACUAUGGGACUUUAUUUAAGAUCUAAUUUAAUAUUAUUUAUUUCUUGGACAAAGGCAUUGUUUUAAAUGACACUAGCUUUUCUAACAGGCUAGUAUGGUGACUUGUCAGAGGUCAAACCAUGUGUACGUUUCAAACUGACACACUAUACACUCUGUACACUCUGUACACAUAGUGUAUAGGACAAGCCAAGGAUGCCCUGCUCAUGGGGAGUUUGUGGUCUCUUGGAUCCAAAGCUUUCCUAAACUAAAGCCAUGUUCUCUGAAGGAUGUCUCUCAUACGGUCACUCCUUAGCAGGAGUGACCUUUGACCCCGGGCAGGGCUGCGUGCACAGGAUGUCAUUUAUACUGGACAGGUCCAAAGAGCUCACUUUGGACUGACCAAUGAGGCUUUGUCAAUGUCCUUCCAAAUCCUACAUCAACAAUAUCUUCAAUGAAUCAAUUCACCCACAUUGUUCUAAAAAAACAACAAAAAACACACACACACACACACACACACACACACAAACACACAUAUGUAUGUAUAUGUGUGUGCUACAUUUAUUUAUUAUAGUUCAUGGAACUAACUCUUUUUUUUAUUUAUGAAAACACUUUUUUAUCCACCACUCAACCUACUAAAAUGUUCUGAGGUCUGAGCAGUAAAGUGACAUCCUUUGCAUCCUUCUGCUGAGGAGGCCUUGCUGGAAUCACAUAUCGACAAUCGUCCUCAGACCCCUCCGACACAGAGCUCCUCUCUUGUUUGGAAGUCUCACUCUUGUGUGUUUUCUCGUUUGAAAUGUGAUAUUAUUCUUGCGUUGCUGUCGUCAUGACAAUGAAGAAUUCAGCGUUAUCAUUUGUGUUUUCUUUUUCUUUUGUUGGAAUUUGACUUUGACUAUAACUAUUCUAUAAAUAUAUUUUUAUUUUGGGGGGAAUGUUUUUGUUUAGUUUGACUGUAUGUUUGCUUUGAUGGGGUGUUAGCGUAUUAUUGCACGGUUUUAGAGACAAGCAGCAAACGGUUGGGAUGUACUUUUUCUAACCGCCAUGAUGUCAGCGCAUGGAGCAGAGUGACUUUAGCCCCAUGAGUAUCACACACACAAAAGAUCACCCUAAACAUAUUGAACAAAAAUAUGAUAAAUGAUAGCUAAUAUAUUGUGUUUGGCUAGUCUUUGGCUUUUUGUUGUAAAGAUAAUAAUUUAAUUGUUGUUUUUGGAGAAUGAUAUACAGUUUGUGUAUAUUUUCAUAAUUAAAGUAUGCACUGAUAUGUUAUUACAAAUUCUAUACUGCUUUUACAGAAGUGUUUGUUAUUGUACCAAAGUAUCCAUUGGUCCCCUCCUCUCCUCCCCCUCCCCUUUUUGCGUAUGUUUUACCGUAUUUUAUAUAUUAAAUAGACAAGUUGACCUACA